UAUCCGGUCAGCGAAGGGCUGGCUUUAUUUCCCACAAUUCUCCCAGAAAUCUCAAGUUGCGGAUGGAGAGGAUCAAGGCUGAUCGGUAGGUGCGUGAGUGGAGGAACUUUAUUUUGUUCGCUUAGGCCUACUGUCAGCUCUGUAUGUACAGAUUAGGAGACCAGAUUAUUCACUUCCGGGCCCGAUAUCCCGGUGCAGAUCUGAGAUAAGGAAACAGUGGCGUAAGCCAUGGCGUCUGGUUGAUUCCGGGACCGUGUACCCAAUACAAGGUAUAUCAGUCAACCCUCUCCUCAUUUCCUUCGUCCUCAAACAAAUUUGCAUACCCUAAGCCCAAGGCCACUUACCAUCAUGACGACUGUCAGCAUUGACUCCCAUGCUCCGGCGGAUGUCGCCCAGUUUGUGGCCAAUGCCGGAGUAAGUAAGGGCAACAUGCGCCUUGAUAAGGUCUUCUUCAGCGCCUUUUCUGCUGGUUGUCUGCUUGCCUUUGCCUGUGGAACGGCUCUGAGUACCAAUACAACGGCAUGGUUUCAAGAAAAUGCGCCCGGCUUGAUUCGCACAAUAUCCGCCCUCGUCUUCCCUUAUGGUUUGUGUAUGAUCAUCUUAACGGGAGCUGACCUCUGCACUGGAUCUUUCAUGUUCACCACUAUUGCUGCACUCCAACGCAAACUGCCCUGGUACAAGAUGCUGCUCCACUGGUUCGUGACCUUCUGGGGCAACCUGGCUGGAUCUCUCUUUGUUGUCGCCAUCAUCUUUGGCUAUGGCAACGUCUUUGCUGCCGACCCCUACAAAUCUGAGGUCAUCGCCUUUGCCACGAAGAAACAACUCACCCCGGACUUCCAUCAUAUUUUCCUCCGCGGUAUAGGCUGCAACUGGCUUGUCUGUCUGGCUUGCUUCCUUGGUGUGCAGGGCCGCGAUGUCGCCUCCAAGGUUGUAGGUAUCUGGUUCCCGACCUUUGCCUUCGUAUCGCUAGGCUUUGACCACGUCGUCGCCAAUAUGACCUUCAUCCCGAUGGCGAUCUGGCUGGGUGCGCCCAAGAUCACAGUAGGGCUGUACAUCUGGAAGGGGAUCAUUCCAACCCUGCUGGGGAAUAUCAUUGGAGGUGGAUUGUUUGUCGGUACAUACUACUGGUACAUGUACCUCUUGAGCGGAGAGAUGGUCACUCUCACUGGGAUGUACAAGUCAGGCACGACAACGCCUCGUUCGGGGGAUGUCGAGGCCAUGGCUGCUGAUAAGCAGAACUAA